CGGGAAGUUUGGUUCCUGCAUUCUGGACAUUAUCUAGCCUCAAAAGUUUGUGUCUGUAGAUACUACAGAUCCAACAUUGCGCACGGAAUCAUUCCAACUACUAGUCUAUCUCAGUGUGGCCGAUGCCUUCGAGGUGAACCCUGCACCAACUCAUCGUCCGUGCGACAACCCCGGCAGCUGGGCCGCUCCUUGUCAUGCGCUCGAUAGCGCUCCUCUUCCUCACCAUCCUCCUUUCCACGGCGCAGGCCGUGAGUAUCGAAGAGUAUACACCAUUUCAGAAUGCUGUUCUAGGAUUAUCCAACGGUGGACUAUUGGUCAAAAGGCAAAAUGACUGCCAGUCAGGCUACACGUCGUGUUCGGGACUCGGGGCAAAGGAUGUAUGCUGCCCGUCAGGUACCAAUUGUGCUCAGGAUGAUGCAGGAAACAUUGCCUGCUGUCCAUCAAACGCUGUAUGCACAGGGUCGAUAGCUGGCACGGCAACAGGUUCGCGGUCUGCAAGUUCGAGUACUUCCGGCUUCGUGCUCGGAGGCACAACAUCUUCGAGCACAGCCAGCUCAACAGCACCUGGCAUCACCUCCUUUACCAGUGGAGUCGAGGGCGGUGGCUCUACUGUUCCGAACAACUUCUAUCCUUUCAUCUACAUACCGACAUCCUAUGCAAACUUUGACUUGUGCACAAGUGCAUAUUCAAUAUGUCAAGCUGAAUCGACCUCUUGUUUUGCCUCCCUCGCUGGAGGCAAUGGAGUUACAGUCUCGGGGCUCGGUGGUGGUAUAACGCAACAAGGAGCAACGGGAACGAUCCUGAGCUCGGCAAGCAGUAUUUGCAGCUCUCUCAGCUCCCAGGGCUGUUAUGGUUUGCAAUCGACCCAAUGCAGCCAAUUUCCAAGUGCGACUGGAGAUACCACGGCUGCUUCCUCCUCAGGUGGAUUUGUACAGGUCGGCAACGAUAGUCCCCGGCAGACACCUUGUCCAGGGUUGCUAUACGCUGCCGGUGCUGGUGUGAUGCUUGGGGCGUUGGGCGGGAUCGCAUGAACAGAUCUUGCACGAGUCCAUUCUGGAAAACUUGGCUAAUAUGAACAUGUGACGACGAGAUGAAUUUGGACCUAAUUGAGAGUUGUUGUUUGGCAAGAGACAGUAUGUCGAAAAAUUGACGAUCUUGAGACCAGCUAGAGUUGGAUGAUCCUGAUAUAACCAGGUCAAUUCGUCACUACCUCCGUUUGAUUUUGUUCUCUACAAGGAAUACUUUGUUGGCUCCUUAUGUUUCCAUGCGGUUGAGGCACCAGGCUUCAGGCCCCUACUACCACCACUAACACUCCAAGCAGUAGACUCCUGACUCAAGCUUAGGCUUUUUACGAAACUUCACGAGAGCACUACAGUGAGACAUGCAGCACAUAGACAAUUCGACUUAGAUGUACCGAUUUCUCUUGGGCGCGGCAAAACAUUGCAUUCCCCAUUUGGAUCCGCGCGCAUUGUGCCCAACUUUGGCAAUUCGCCUCCUCGACACCAACGA